AUACAUGAAGCGUAUCUCAGUUGAAUCUAUGACUGAUCAAAAAUGGAUAAUUUUCUUAUUCUCUUUGUUUUGACUCUCGUUGAAUAUAUUCUGGCUGGAGAGACGUGUUAUUUUAGGAACUACUAUAAUAGUUAUUACGUGUCUGGUAGAAAAUACUGCUACUCCUCCUGCUGUGGAAGUUACUAUAACCGCUACUGCUGCUAUAGGACCAGUGGGGGCACAAUAGCUGGAGCUGUGGUUGGGGCGCUGGUGUGUAUAGCUGUGAUUGCUGGGGUCGUUGUGUGUGUCGUCAUGAAGAAGAAAAGAUCCAGAGGUGCUAUCAUUGCACCAUUUCAAAAUAAUACCACAGGUGUCACGAUCGUGCACUCCAACACACAGAACCAGUACACAGGUCCACCAAUGCAAGCUUACCCUCCACCACCCCCGGGCUAUAACCAAGUCCCACCCCCUCCAAUGUAUCAGCAACCUCAAGGAUACUCGCAAUAUCCUCCCCCUCAGUAUCCCCAGACUGUUGGGGGCGGCAUCAAUCCAGCUUACCCACCAAAUGCUGGAUUUACCAUGUGAUAUUAAAAUUUUUCCACACUGUAAGACACUUCACACAAGUUUUCUAUUACCAAGUAUUAUUUGAUAGACUUGUUAUUUCUGUGUUACUUUUUCAUGCAUUUUUGUUUUGAUCCAAACCAGUUUCUGUUGGAGGAUAGAGAUCUGACACAAAAUGUCAAAAGAACAUUCUUUGACGUAAUUCUAAUGCUUGUAUUGCUAUUGUCAUUUUUAUAGCAGCAAUUUAACUAAAUCCUGUGCUUUACAUGAUUAUAAA